GAGAGACUCGGUCGGCCCACACCAGGUGCCCAGAGGCCGGCGGUCCGUGCGCCCCGGCCGCGGCCCCGGCCCGGGCCCAGCCCCGUGCCCCUCGCCAUGGGCCUGGCCCGCGCCCGCCGGCCCUGAGCAUGGAGCAGGGCUGGCCGCAGGGGGACAGCUGUCCCGGGGAGCGGCCCGCCGCUUGCCGCCGCGCCCACAGCGUCUGCGACUCGCUGGACCUGCACGGCGCCCCGGCCGGCCGCGCUGCCGCCGCCCUGCAGGCCGCUCUCUGCGCCGCCAGUGAGCAGCCGGCGCGGCCGCGGAGCGUGUGCUCGGGCGGCCCGGAGCCGCCGCCCACCGGCGCCCGCGGCCUUUUGCUCGGCCUCUUGCGCCCGCGCCUCGGCCGCCGGGGCCAGGCGCCCUCAGGACCGCCCGUCUCGCCUGCGCCCAGCCCCGCGUCCAGCCCCGCGCCGACCCGGCGCAGCGGCACCCGCGGGGAGCCGACUCCGCGGCCCCGGCCGGCCAGCAUGACUUUCCUGGAGGUGAACCGGCUGGAGCUGGCGGCCGCCGAGGCGCCGGGCGCAGGUCUGGGGCGCGCGGGCAGCGCAGGCUUCCUGCGCGGCGCGGCGUUGUGGAGCAGCCAGCGCUGGCCGGUGCUGCGCGGCGGGCGCGGGCCGGAGGGGCCCCGGCGCGGCCUGGCGGCGCUCAGGAAGAGCUUCAGCUUCCGCCUGCGCCGCGGCCAGGAGGUGCGGCGCUCCGAGUCGGGGCUGCUGGCCCGGCCGCCCCGCGCGCGCACCCGUAGCGACGGCGACGCCGGCUCCCUGGGCGCCUUCCCCAGCCGCCGCGACCUGCUGGGCGCCGACGCCCCGCGCGCAGCGCCGGAGCCCGGCCGCCCCCGCACCGCCGCCGGCCUCUGGAGGCUGCUCACCAGCCGCUUCCGCCGGAGGGAGCCCGCGCCCGCCCCGCCGCUGUGGAGCCGUCGGGCGGCUGCGGCCCCGGAGCUCCUGCGCGCGCCCAGCGACUCGUUUGUGAACAGCCAGGAGUGGACGCUGAGCCGCUCCGUACCGGAGCUUAAAGUGGGCAUAGUGGGGAACCUGUCUAGCGGGAAGUCAGCCCUGGUGCACCGCUAUCUGACGGGGACCUAUGUCCAGGAGGAGUCCCCUGAAGGGGGACGGUUUAAGAAGGAGAUUGUGGUGGAUGGCCAGAGUUAUCUGCUGCUGAUCCGAGAUGAAGGAGGCCCCCCUGAGCUCCAGUUUGCUGCCUGGGUGGAUGCAGUGGUGUUUGUAUUCAGCCUGGAGGAUGAAAUCAGUUUCCAGACGGUGUACAACUACUUCCUGCGUCUCUGCAGCUUCCGCAACGCCAGCGAGGUGCCCAUGGUGCUUGUGGGCACGCAGGAUGCCAUCAGCGCUGCGAAUCCCCGGGUUAUCGACGACAGCAGAGCCCGCAAGCUCUCCACAGAUCUGAAGCGGUGCACCUACUAUGAGACGUGCGCGACCUACGGGCUCAAUGUGGAGCGUGUCUUCCAGGACGUGGCCCAGAAGGUAGUGGCCUUGCGAAAGAAGCAGCAACUGGCCAUCGGGCCCUGCAAGUCACUGCCCAACUCGCCCAGCCACUCGGCAGUGUCCGCUGCCUCCAUCCCGGCCGUGCACAUCAACCAGGCCACGAAUGGCGGCGGCAGCGCCUUCAGCGACUACUCGUCCUCAGUCCCCUCCACCCCCAGCAUCAGCCAGCGGGAGCUGCGCAUCGAGACCAUCGCUGCCUCCUCCACCCCCACACCCAUCCGAAAGCAGUCCAAGCGGCGCUCCAACAUCUUCACGUCUCGGAAGGGUGCUGACCUGGACCGGGAGAAGAAGGCUGCCGAGUGCAAGGUGGACAGCAUCGGGAGCGGCCGCGCCAUCCCCAUCAAGCAGGGGAUCCUGCUGAAGCGGAGCGGCAAGUCCCUGAACAAGGAGUGGAAGAAGAAGUACGUGACACUCUGUGACAACGGGCUGCUCACCUAUCACCCCAGCCUGCAUGAUUACAUGCAGAACAUCCACGGCAAGGAGAUUGACCUGCUGCGGACAACGGUGAAAGUGCCAGGGAAGCGCCUGCCCCGAGCCACACCUGCCACAGCCCCUGGCACCAGCCCCCGUGCCAACGGGCUGUCCGUGGAGCGGAGUAACACACAGCUGGGUGGGGGCACAGAGCCCCUGGCUCCCAACUGCUUUCCGCCGAGACUUCAGUACCCCCGAUGUUGCCCUAGACCAUUGGAUCUCAUGUUCCCUGGGCCCAGUAACAGCUGCCCCCAACCCUGCCCUGCUGGUGCCAUUCCUGUGCCCUGUCCCAGCAGUCAGCGCCUGGCAGCACAGGUCUGCAGCUGGGUGAGUCCCCUCCCUAGAGGGCCUGUGCUUGUCACAGUGAGGGGAGGGUGUGACAGACUUAGUGGACAGGUGGUUGGGGAUACGAAGUCCCCUGGAAUGGAUGGGAGGACCCCAAACAAUAAAGAAUUGUCCCACUGACAACGCUGAUGGGACUCCGCUGAGAAAGCCCAGGUUAGAGGGAAGGAAGGCGCAAUGAUGCCUCCAGGUGUGGUCCUUGUUUGGAGGCAAGGCACCUGAAACAGGUGUGCUGGGCCCACUCUCACAGAAACACCGCGGACCAGGCCGAAGGCAGGGGAGUGGCCAGGGGGAGGGGCCUGACACAACUGCGACGUGCCCUAUGCAGUGGCUGUCUCUGCAUCAGGCCCCAGGUCGUCAGCAGCUCUGAAGUAGAGAUUAUUGUCCCCAUUUUAAUGAGGAAACAGAGGCUUGGCGUAGCUAACAAACUUGUCUGUAAAUUCCACAGUAAGUGGGAGACCUAGGGUUCGACCUAAUUGUUUCUGACUUGAAGAGCCAUGUUCUUUCCUCUAAGCCACCCUGAGCUCAGAAAGGAAGCCUGUGAGGUGGAUGGAGGGAAGGAAGGAAGCUAAGAAGGAGAAAGCACGCCACCACCCAUCAUGGGGCUGUGCCAGUGGGGGACCUUGAGCCUGCUGGGGGGUUGUACUGGCCUGAUGGCAGGUCACAUGCAGCCUUCAGCGCUCUGCCCGGAGAGUGGGUCAGAGCUGCAGGGAGCCCUCUGGCACCAGCCCCCAGGAGCCCCUUUGGUCAGCUUGGGGUUUCUCUUAUCAUUCCAAAAAUGAGGAGCAGGCCCAAGUGAGUCCCUUUCCUUGAUGGCAGGGAGCCAGAGGACAGCUGGGCUGUUGCCCUAGAGCAAGGGAAACGAGAAGACGCUGUCCUGUCCCGUUCCUGUCCCUGACAUCCCUCACCUAGGAGGGGCAAUGGCAUGGAGGAGGCAGCCCCGUGCCCUGGCUCCUGUAAUGACAGCGCCCACAAGCAGGAGCUCGCGGACGGUGCCCACCCAGCCCGCGUCCCGCUGCCGCAUGCCGACACUGACACCGACCCUCAUGCACACUCACACAUGUCUCUCACUCACCGGGCGAUGUUAACAUCUCAUUAUCUUUGUUACUGUAAUUACAUUAUCCGCUGCUUUAUGCAGAAUUAUCCUCCGAGGACUAAUUGAUGGCUCCAUGUUUAAUUCAUUAAUCAUUAGCAUCAAAUUCGACAAUUACAGUGCACACUGAUUGUGGGAUUGCAGGCGUAAUGAGGGGAGAAUUAACAAAGGAAAGGGAAAGCACUUUCCCUCCCUCAGGAUUUUGGGUCGGGGGCUUGGGGAGGAAGUUGGGCCUGUGGUGUCUUUGGAUGGGGCUAGGGAUGAGGGGGAAUACGAUUUGGAACCUGGAAGGGAAUGAAAGCAGGGGUGAGGAGAAGCAAGGUGUCUGAGAAAUGAGGGACCAAGUGUGCACCCCGGAAGGUUUCCUGAGGCAGGACCUGUGAGGGCGGAGAACAGGACGUAGGUAGGAUUCUGAGGAGGCAGCAUCUACAUGUUUCUUCGGGGCCUGGAGAUGGAGACUGGUCUGUAGCCUCCGUGCUGCAUGUAUGUGACUAAGCACUUACUAUGUGUCUGGUCCUGUUUGGGGUGUUGUGACAAAUUCAAGAGGAACAUAAAAGUUGCUCCCUGCCUUUAGGUGUCUCCCAGCGGCAGAGCUGUGGCACCCUGGGCCAUUCCUUUACUUUUAUGCGGCAGCUCGGUGCCGUCUCCCCAUAGGCUUCCCCUCAGUACCACCGCCUGCAGGGCUGGUGUGAGACCUGGCACCUGCCCUUCUCCUGGCUGGGCCUCUGCCUGCUGUCUCCAGCUUUGGCCAGCUCCGGGCCCCUUCUCUGCUUUCCCACUAACCUCCAGCACCUGGCUGGCUCCUCUGCUUCAAGGUUCAAGCACCUCGGGUUUGGCCCCCCUGUUCUUAGACUGCCUAAGGCCAUUUCUUUCUGGUCGCAGUCUUGGGUGGACUGAAGAAGGGGAAGGAAGCUUAGGCUCUCGGUGUUCCAACUCAGGCCUUGUAAGUGUCACAGGCCUCUGAGGCCCCGCGGCUGUUCCCAGAAUCUUUCCAGCAGGGGCUCAGCCGGGCGCUCUGUCUUCCCUCCACUGCCGGCCGCCGCGCCUGCCCCAGCCUUAGCUUUCCUAGAGCUUUCGGUUCCCCCUGGCUCUGCCAUUCUUCCCUGAUGGGAAACGAAAGAUUAAUUUUCUCCAGCCCAACAGGAUAAUUACUAAUACUAAUUAGACAUAAUUACUUGAAUUUGAUACACUUAUUUCUCGUCAGAAUGGCAGUAAAGCUGAGGCAAAGCAAAUGGCAUAUGUGGACUAGAAUGGAGGGUGCAGGGGCCCAAGCCAGGAGGGGCCCCACAAGGAGCACUGCGGAGAUGGGUGUCAGCACCACCCAGCUCGUUCCACAAGUUGGGAGAUCUCUGAUGCAGAGACCCCCCGCCCCGCUCCCUGACCACAGUGAGGGGACAGAGCUGUGGACCUUUCUGUUCAUGGAGAGAGAAGGGUAUGAAGAUCUGGGGACAGGCUGCUUCCUAAGGCACACAGGGCCCCUGCGCGGCCUCUGGCUCUCCCAGAAGCUGGCCCGCCACCUGACGAACCCAGUGCCCUGCUGGAAUGUCUCAGGCUCUGCCCUGCAGCCCUAUUUUUAGGAUAGUAUCUUUGAGAAUCCUCCCCUGCCCGGCCUCCCUUCCCAGUCUGACCCUUCCCGC